UCUAUUGCUAUGUCUCCUUAAACCCUUUUCCAUAACCACUGGUCUCUUCUUUAAACCUCUUUUUAGUUUUUUUUCUUCUUGUUCGCGUCUUAAAGCCGUUGAGAGACCUGCCGCCGAAACUCCUCUUUUUGGCGACGAAGAGAACAUCCAAAACCUAAUUCCUCUUUCAUUUUCUUCCUUCUGAGUUCCGUUUUCUGCCAUGGCUAUGGAUGGAGAACAGUCACACAAAUCUCACAGGUCACGUCAAUCUGGUCCCACCGCCAAGAAAAAAUCAAAGUCCGAUAAGAAAAAGAAAGGUGCUUCCGACGAAAAUCAAAAGCAACAUAACCCUAAGGCAUUUGCAUUUAAUUCGACGGUGAAAGCAAAGAAAUUGCAAGCACGAGAUACAGAGAAGGAACAGAAGAGGCUUCAUGUCCCAACGAUUGAUCGGUCCACUGGAGAACCAGCUCCAUAUGUAAUUGUAGUGCAGGGACCUCCCAAGGUUGGGAAGUCACUGCUAAUUAAGACUCUUGUGAAGCAUUACACUAAGCAAAAUUUACCCGAAGUUCGAGGUCCCAUCACUAUAGUGUCAGGUAAGCAGAGACGUUUGCAGUUUAUAGAGUGUCCAAAUGAUAUCAAUGGAAUGAUUGAUGUGGCAAAGUUUGCGGAUUUGGCAUUACUUCUCAUUGAUGGUAGCUAUGGCUUUGAAAUGGAGACCUUUGAAUUCCUUAACAUAAUGCAAAAUCAUGGAUUUCCUAAAGUUAUGGGUGUUCUUACACAUCUCGACCAGUUCAAGGAUGUUAAGAAGCUUAAAAAGACAAAGCAACGGUUAAAGCAUAGAUUCUGGACUGAGAUAUAUGACGGAGCUAAAUUAUUUUAUUUGUCUGGUCUUAUCCAUGGAAAGUACUCUAAACGUGAAGUGCAUAAUCUUGCGCGGUUUAUCUCUGUCAUGAAGUUUCCUCCUUUGUCCUGGCGCAUGUCCCAUCCUUACAUUGUUGUAGAUCGAUUUGAAGAUGUAACUCCUCCCGAAAAAGUGCGCAUGGACAGCAAGUGUGACAGAAAUAUCAUUCUGUACGGUUAUCUUCGUGGAUGUAAUUUGAUGAAAGGAGCAAAGGUGCAUAUUGCUGGUGUUGGUGAUUAUAGUUUGGCUGGUAUAACAGCGUUAGCUGAUCCGUGCCCUCUACCAUCUGCUGCCAAGAAGAAGGGGCUAAGGGACAAGGAAAAGCUGUUUUAUGCCCCCAUGUCGGGAUUGGGCGAUCUUCUCUACGAUAAGGAUGCUGUGUAUAUAAACAUAAAUGAUCACUUUGUCCAGUUCUCUAAGGUUGAUGAAACAGCUGCUGUUGGGGCUCGCAACGGGAAGGACAACGAUAUUGGCGAGGUUUUAGUUAAAUCACUUCAGAACACAAAAUAUUCGAUUGAUGAGAAGUUAGAAAAUAGUUUUAUUUCCCUUUUUGGGAAAAAACCUAUUCUUUCCUCAGCAAAUCCUGAAGCUGAUCAAACUUAUGGUUUGGAGCCUGCGGAGCGAGAUCAGUCUGGGUUAGAACUCAACAGCGGGGAAUCAGAUAAAGACGAUGAUGUUGAAGAUUUGAAUGAGUUGGAACAACUACAGUUAGAGGGAACUCAUUCAAGGGAUUCAAAGAAGAGAACUUCCGAUGAUAGCUCGGAGGAAGAAAAUACUAUUGGAUCAGAGAAGCACCCAGGAUCCAGUAGUAGUUUCAGGGAACUUGUUGAUUUCCAUGAUGGAAGGAUGAGAAGAAAAGCUAUCUUUGAUGAUGAUAAUGACUUUGAUGAAAAGGAUUAUAAUGAAGAAGAUGACGACGAGGAUGAACAGGACGAGGAAGCACAAGAUGAUAUAGAGGACACUGAUGAGGAAAAUGAAGCUUAUCAAAAUUCUGGGGAAGAUGAUGAUUUCGAUACAGAUGUUGGAGAGGACAUGGGCAAUGCUUCAAGAUGGAAAGAGUUCCUGUCAGAAAGGACACGUGAGCGCCAAAAUGUUAAUCUUAUGCAGCUUGUAUAUGGGGAAACUGAAUCCAAGUCAAUUACUAAAGCUGGGUUGCAGCAGCGUGGCACUGAAAACGAUGAUAGUGAUACUGAGUUCUUCGUGCCAAAAGGGGAAGGAACUAAGAAACCAGAAGAGCGGGUGAAUGAUGAUAAUAUUGAUGCCGAGGACUGCUCCAAAUUUGUAAAUUUUGCAAGUCAAAGUGACUGGAAGAGCCAAGAAUCCAUUGAAAGCAUCCGUAGUCAUUUUGUCAGCAAAGGCUGGUCCAAAGCGGCUCGUGGAGGCAGCUCAAGAGAUGUUGAUGGUAAUGAUGAUGCUGGUGAGGAUGGCGAGGAUCUGUUUGGUGAUUUUGAAGACUUGGAAACAGGUCAGAAGUAUGAUACUGGAACUGGUGACAUGAUCCAUAGGGAUGAUGAAUCAGCAAAUGAGGAGCGUAGGCUAAAGAAAUUAGCACUUCGUGCAAAAUUUGAUAAUCAAUAUGGUGGGUCUGAUUCCUCCAAUGAGGAGGAUGAGGAUAUCAAACCAGACACAGAGUCUCAUCGGGGUCAAGCUGAUGGAAACGGCUACUAUGAUAAGUUGAAGGAGGAGGUAGAGCUUCGGAAACAAGUUAAUUUAGCAGCACUGAAUGAACUUGAUGAGGACACUCGGGUAGAGGUAGAAGGUUUCAGAACAGGAACUUAUCUUAGACUAGAAGUGCAUGAUGUCCCCUCUGAGAUGGUCGAAUAUUUUGAUCCUUGCCAUCCUAUUCUUGUUGGAGGUCUAGCACUUGGGGAAGAAAAUGUUGGAUACAUGCAGGUUCGGCUGAAGCGUCAUAGGUGGCACAAGAAAGUGCUGAAGACUAGGGAUCCAAUUAUUGUUUCUAUUGGAUGGAGGCGCUACCAAACUGUACCUAUUUAUGCUAUUGAGGACCAAAAUGGUCGUCAUCGUAUGCUCAAGUACACUCCUGAGCACAUGCAUUGCCUGGCAAUGUUUUGGGGUCCUCUUGUGCCUCCACACACUGGAAUGAUCGCUGUUCAAAACUUGUCAAACAAUCAGGCAUCCUUUAGAAUCACUGCCACUGCAACUGUGCUAGAGUUCAACCAUGCAGCACGAAUAGUCAAAAAGAUCAAGUUAGUUGGUUACCCAUGUAAGAUAUUCAAGAAGACAGCACUUAUCAAGGACAUGUUCACUUCAGAUCUUGAAAUAGCUAGGUUUCAAGGUGCAGCUGUUCGAACUGUUAGUGGAAUUCGUGGGCAAGUGAAAAAGGUAGUUUCCUACUCUUGAGUAUCAUUUGAAUGCUGUCUCACUUUGCUUCCUGGUUUUCUAGCUAUGGAUCCUCGUGCUUGACUGUAAAUUGACAGGACUUAUUUAGAUAAAACAAUCAAGCUGGGAAGAAUAUAUUUUCUUGUUACUUCCUCUAGAUACCAACUUGCCAUGUUGGCUCCCUCUUUUUCUGUAAAUAUUUAACCACCAUCAAGCAAUCUGGGACUAUUUUUUUAUUUUUUUUACUAUUUUUAAAUGUUACCUUCUCAAAAAAAAUAUCUUUUAAAACUAUUUUCUGGGAUCAACAUAAUUUAACGAAAUUGCACCUUGAUGGUAUUGGAGAAAUUUUGAUCAGAGGAAUAAACAGUAUUAAAUGAAAUGAUAGAAUAAUUACACGUGUUGACUUGUUGAGACAUGAGAUAUUUAGUAUUUGAAUAUUCUAACAAAGCAUGGACUUAAACACA